AUGUCAUCUAAGACUGUCGAAAAACCAAUUCCAACUUUUGAAGGAUCCGUUGAGCAAUUCCUUAUUGGGUAUGGUCAGGGAGCAGAUUUGAAGGAGCCAAAGUUUGAAGUACUCUCAACGAUAAGAUAUGACCCUAAUUUGGGGCAAUCUGACUCUGGAAAACGGAAUAAUAAUGGUCCAUCUGAAGUGAGAAAUAACGGUAAGAUAGAAUUAAAUUUUGACCCAAAGACAGGUUCAGAUUUUAUAGAAUUAUUCUUAUCGGAUACAACGCCAUCACGCAGAUAUAUUUCAAUUGGUGACAGCUGCAAGCGACCCCCAAGCUGGAAAUAUGUAUCAUCAUUGUCACCUUAUUAUAAACUCUUUUAUGAGAGAUUCUUUCUGCUGGAUUUCCAUUAUAUACGAAUAAAUGCUGCGAUAGCAGCUUUUGGCUGGAACUAUCAUAUCACUAUUGAAGAUCUUUUAGCAGCAUUGAUCCAUGCCCUUCAAGAGGGAAUGGAAUACGACACUAUCCAAGAGGAGCUGGAUUAUCUUCUAUCAAGAAAAGACAUUUACAAAAUGAGAGUCUUAGCUUCUUUAGGGGGAAAAUUCAAGGUGGAAGCUCAUCUAUUAUCUCAGAGCAAUGAUGAUACUAACAAUGAUUCAACCCAAGAAUAUUUCCAACACACCCUACUUAGAGGACUCAAGUCUAAUGUUAAUAAUUGGGAUGUAUUUAUAAAUAAUGAAUUUAUCAAUGUUUCGUUAUUUACAUAUUUGAAGACUACCAAAAGAGAACAUUACACUAAAGCAAGAAAUUUAAUGAGUGAAUUGAGUAAAUCGUACAAUAAAGAUUUACCAACAACUAAGAAAAGUGAAAUUUUGGUAUAUAAUAAAAGUAAUGAGUUAAUGGAAGGCUCAAUAACGAACGUUGCAGUUUGGAGCGAAAAGGAGGGAACAUACGUGACACCGAAAGCAUCAUCAGGGUGUCUACGUGGAACGAUGAGGAAAUAUUUACUGCAGGCUGGCCAUAUUAAAGAGGGUCAUAUCCACAUUGAUUCGCUAUAUGAUGGUGAAGAGAUUCUAUUGUUUAAUGGUAUUAUGGGUUGCGUUAAAGGUACCAUUAGAAAAUUUAGUACGCAAACUGUAUGA